CAGUGCUGGCUCAGCCACAGCGUCUUACUGCCAGGCGAAGGAAGCAGUCCAGGAGAUGCACACACACAAGCAGACACACCGCUCAGUAGGAUCUAACCAGCUGUUUCCUGGAGUAUCCUCUGCAGCUUGAGCCUGUAGACUGUGGAUGUUUGGACUUGCUGUUGCUGCACAUGGAGGCAUCUGGACUGUUUUGUGCUCCAGGAUUUAUUCUCUUACCUGUGGCAGUGUAGGACUUGGGACUUGGACUUGCUGUGGCUACAUCAUCAAACUCUGACUCUGGAUUCUAGACCAUAAAAACUCUUCCUGAAGGUCUUUUUUUUUUUUUUUAACCUGUAGCAUCAUGUUGUGCACAUGCAGUUUUUUAGCAUGACUGAUGUUAAGAGUUUGGACUGUGUGUGAAAGCCAGCUAGAGUCUCUGUUUUUUUGUUUGUGUGUGGAUGUGUUUGCAUCAGGAUGAGUGUUCCCAUGUUAAAGAUUGGCGCGGUGCUCAGCACCAUGGCUAUGGUAACAAACUGGAUGUCCCAGACUCUGCCGUCGCUGGUCGGACUCAAUGGAACCAUCAUCUCCCCUGAUGGCACACAUGAGCGGAUCGUCAGUGGUUUGUAUCCGGGCUCGGAGGAGGGCUGGCAGGUGUACAGCACAGCUUCAGAUCCUGAUGGCAGGUGUGUUUGCACGGUGGUCGCUCCGGCACGAAACCUCUGCAAACGAGACCCUCGGAGUCGACAACUACGCCUGCUGACUGAACAGGUUCAAAAUGUAAGUCAGUCCAUGGAGGUGGUAGACCUGCGGACAUCCAGAGACCUGCAGUACUUCCGAGACUCUGAGCCGCUGCUGAGAGGAGUGGACGGACGUCUACACACAUAUGUUGCCAACCCUCGCGCUCUGACGGCUAAGGGCCUGCAGGAGUUAAAGGGUCAGAUGUCUCAGCUGCGCCCUCUCCUAUCAGUGGUGGAUCAAUAUAGAUUGGACCUGCAGACACUGUCCACGCUGCGAAUGGAGCUUCUAAACCUGUCAAUCAUGCUGGCAUCCAUCCAAGAAGAGGUGGGAGCGUAUGACUACGAGGAGCUUCAGCAGAGGGUUUUGCUGCUGGAGACCAGGCUGCACAGCUGCAUGAACAAACUGGGUUGUGGUCGACUGACUUCGGUGAGCACCCCGAUCACCGUGAGAGCCUCAGGGUCUCGCUUCGGUUCCUGGAUGACAGAUGCCAUGAUUCCAAGCUCCGACAGCAGGGUGUGGUCAAUGGACGGCUACUACAAGGGCAAGCGUGUGUUGGAGUACAGGACCAUGGGGGAUUUCACAAAGGGGCAGAACUUUGUGCAGCACCUGUUGCCCCACCCCUGGGCAGGAACCGGCCAUGUGGUUUACAACGGGUCCCUGUACUAUAACAAGCACCAGAGCAACAUCCUGGUUCAGUACCAUUUCCGCUCUCGCAGCGUGUUGCUGCAGCGCAGUCUGAGUGGAGCCGGAUACAACAACACAUUUCCCUACAGCUGGGGGGGAUCCUCUGACAUCGACCUCAUGGCUGAUGAGAUGGGACUGUGGGCCGUCUACACCUCCAUCCCAAAUGCUGGAAACAUCAUGGUGAGUCGACUGGACCCUCGCUCGCUGGACAUCCUGCAGAGCUGGGACACAGGGUUUCCUAAGCGUAGCGCAGGGGAGGCCUUCAUCAUCUGCGGCACUCUGUACGUCACCAACUCCCACCUGGCUGGAGCCAAGGUCCAUUUUGCCUACAACACGAACACCUCCACGUACGAGUACACUGACAUCCCUUUCCACAACCAGUACUCCCACAUCAGCAUGAUGGACUACAACCCCCGAGAGCGAGCGCUGUACACUUGGAACAACGGACACCAGGUGCUCUACAACGUCACACUGUUUCACGUCAUCAGGAGCGACGGAUAGAUUGACAAAAAGGUAAAAAAAGGAAAGAGGGGCUUGUAGAAAAGAUGGAGGGACUUCAACUUACAGUACAAAACACACUAUGUCGAUUCACAUCAACCAGAAAACAAAACCGUCUAUGUUGGAACUUAAGUGACUUCUAGACACUAAACACUGUUGCAGAACACAUGUUUAAAGGUCACGGAGAAGAAUUUCACCAUAAAGAAUUCAAAAAUUAACUGCCUCUGCUAAAAGGACAUUGAUAGAAGGACGUUAGGAAGUUUGCAUUCAUCCAUAUUCUGUUAGGUUUCAUCCACCUGUGUCUAAAGAAGUGAUUCUGGAAGUUGGAGUUUGAAUUGUAAAUAAAACUGCAGCUUGUGAACUGUGUAAGAAGUUGUUUAAAUCCUUGAGCGAGGAUGGCGGACCUGGUGGAGAGAUUGUGGGUUUGUGAUGUGGUUGUGGACGUGUGAAGUCAGCAUGGUUAUUCAUUUAAUUAAACAUUACUGUCAAACUCUA